UGAUUGACAGCCCACAAGCGCACAACAUAAAGCCGAUUUCACUCUCACUUCGUUGUUGAGAACUUCCACGCAGUUUCGUGAUUUUUCUAAAAAUUGCUGCAAAAUGUCGUUUGAUUCAAUUCCGAAGGAUUUGCGUGGACUACGGGCUUGCUUGGUAUGUUCACUGGUAAAGACAUUCGAUCAAUUUGAGUUUGAUGGGUGCGAAAAUUGCGAAGAAUUCCUCCGGAUGAAGAACAACAAGGACCAAGUUUACGACUGUACCAGCAACAACUUCGAUGGAAUGAUCGCUGUUAUGCACCCGGAUGAUAGUUGGGUUUGCAAAUGGCAGAGAAUUAAUCGUUUUACUAAAGGAAUCUAUGCUAUAUCUGUUUCUGGGCGUUUGCCCAACGGUAUUAUCCGAGACAUGAAGAACAGAGGCAUUCCAUACCGACCCAGAGAUACCAGUCAGCGGUAAUCGAGAAUGAUUUGCAGUUACACAGGUAUUUUUAAGCACCCUUUAUUCAAUAUACUGACAAACUUUUUAUGAUUCUA